AUGGCCACCCGCACGACUGGCCGGCACACGACAGUGGCGACCUACAGCGACUCGAAGUUGCAGCGAGAAGUCUCGGGCUGGAAGCCGGUUGUGAAUCAGGGCAUGCACAAGGAGAACCACGCACCAGCGACGGCAAACAAGCAGGCUCGGGGCAAGCCCUCGGCGGGAUCCGCCAAGAAAGGUGGCGACAAGUGCUGUGCAUGCCUCGACCUGCAGGCAGAACUUGACAGAUGCCAGCAGGCUCUGUCAGCCAGCGAAGCCGAGAACCAUGAGAUGAGCAGUCGGAUGGCAAAGAUGCAGGCCCGGCUGGAGCUGCUGGAGACCCUCGCUGCCCAGGAGGUGUGCAGCAGAGGGGCCCAGACCGACGAGGCCCUCCUCUCCGACGCAUGGCUCCCCGCUGCGCGCCGCAAGGGGGUGCCACGCCGCCUGCCGGCGGGCCUGGUGCCGCUCGUGAAGACUGAGGCAGGCACGGAUGAGGAGGCGGCUGGGGCAGCCGGCGUGCCGCACAGCGGCUGCAAGCGGCGUCGACAGGCAUCUGAUGCUGUGCAUCAGGCACCACCGGCGGCAGCAGCAGCGGGAUCAGCAGCGGCGGCAGCCCGCAUUGAGCUGUGUGCUGUGGAUGCGGGCGGUGCGCUGUCGGCAGCGCCAGCAGAGGACGCCAAGGCGGGCAGCAAGCCAGGCAGCGGCAAGGCCCGCAGCGGCAAGGAGCUGGUCCCUGCUGCCGCUGGCAAGCAAGUGCUUCCAGGUGUGGUGGUGAAAACGGGCCCAGCUGCCACCGCCAAGUCUGGGCCCAGCAGCAAGGGCGCCUCAGCAUCUGCCCUGGCGGCGGCCGGGCACGCGAAGCCAGCAUCCAAGCCAGCAGGCAGCGGCGGGCGUGGCAGCGGCGGAUCCAAGGAUGCCGGCACCAGGCCCGGCUCGGGGAGCGGCAAGCGCAAGGCUGCUGCUGCUGCCGAGGAGGGCGCGGGCAGGCCGUCCACCAAGCCCGCAUCCAAGUCGGCGCCAGCAGCAGUGGCGGCAGCCGCGGCGCCUGCGCCAGAGGCGAAGCGACACAAGGCAGCUGCGCCUGCGCCAGCCGAGCACCAGGCCCUGCAGCCGCGCAACACGCGGGCGGCGGCAGCACCCGUGCCAGACCUGGAUGGUGUCGGCAGAGCAGCAGCGGACAUGGAUGUGCAGCUGCCGGGCAGCGGGGCGGAGGAUCUGGUGGAGCAGUAUGCCGCAAACUUUCAGGAGCUGCAGGCCGAGUACGGCAAGCUGCAGGCGCUGUACGAGGACCUGAAGGCUGCCAAGAUUGACGAGGAGGUGGCGCUGCUGCUGGAGCAGCAGAACAAGCACGUGACGGAGCACGGCCACAAGGCGGCGCAGCUGGCGGAGCACUACAAGGCAGAGGCGGAGCAUCAUGCGGCGACCGCCGCCGAGCUGGGGGGCGGCGCUGUGGUGGAGCAGUGCCACAAGCUGCAAGCUGACCUCAUGACCUGCCAGCAGGCUCUGCUGGACAAGGAGGCAGAGUCUCUGGAGAAGAGCAAGCAGAUGGGGGAGAUGCGGGCCCGGCUGGCCUUCCUGGAGCGCUUUGCCCGCACUUACGACUCCUGUGACAAGUGCAUCCAGACAGACCCGCCGCCGCAUGCCAACGCCUCGGCGCAGUUCCCUUCCAUCCAGUCGUCUGGAGUGGAGAUGCUGCAGGCGCACGCGCUGGUGCCUGAGGGUGCAGGCGGCGGCAGCAUCUACAAGCGGCCAAAGGCGGGCGCUCAGCCGGCGGCAGACCCCUCCUACACCCUGCCCGGCCUCACCCCUGCGCCGGGCGUGGCAGGGGAUGGCGGCGCUGCUGGUGCAGCUGCGGCAGCUGACGGCGGGGCGCCCAUCUCUGGCAGUGACAUGCAGCUGACGGGAGGUGACGAAACGCAGCCGCAGCAGGCGCAGCCGACUGCGCAGCAGCUGGGAGAGCCUGCGGCGCCAGCGCCGGGCGCGGCGCCAGCGCCGGGCGCGGCGCAGCGCCAGCAGCCGCUGCGGCCGGCGCCACAGCAGCAGCAGCAGCAGCGCCGGCAGUCGCUGCAGCCGGUGUCUGGGCGCGUGGCGCACGCUGCCGCUGGGCCCGGCCUCCGCCCGGCCAGCGCCGAGUCUCAGGUGCAGCCAGCGCUUGUGCCAGGCGCUGGCGCGCAGCAGCGGGCGCUGGCGCCUGGUGCAGGCGGCAGCCGCUGCGUGUCAGCGCCGCUGGCACCCACCGACCGCCAGCUGCGGUUCUCUGGAUCGGAUCUGUCGCUCCAUGCCGAGGCCGGCACCCAGGGCUCCCAACCGCUGCCAGCAGUGCCCGAGGAGGAGCAGCCGGCUGCCUCGGAAGGCGCCCAGCAGCAGCGCGAGGCGCCCGUAGCCACCCCACCCGCCGCGCCGACCCCUAGCCCGGCCACCGCAGCGGCGGCUUUGGCGGUGGCUGGAGCGGCGGCUCCCACACCGGGCUCCGUGCCGCCGCCGCCUCGUGAGCUGGCGCUGCCCAUGCUGACGGGCCUGACCUUCACCCCGCUCAAGGGUGGCUCCUACCAGUUCACAGACCCACGCCACGGCUUUGUGUUCCUGCUGGGGCCAGCCUCUGGCGACCCCGACUCUGUCGAGCUGCCUGGUGAGGCGACCGAUGCGGAGAUCUGCUACCGCCCCGUCAGCCUGGGCACCGCGGAGCGCUUGCUGCCUGGCUACCUCAAGGAGGAGAUCACCUUCCGAGAGUCGCAGCGCGGCAACUUCGUUUCGCAGCUGCUCGAUGCGCUGGCGCAGAAGUGA